AGGCACCUAACCUCCGGCAUGGAGGACCCUCAUUAGCAAAAGGAAUUUCAGGUACCGGUGCGAAUCGAGACCGCCUUUAUUGUCUGCAGUCUUCGACCUCUCAAUCUAUUCUGUACUUUUGGAUUGUCCAACAUCCAACGAUCCGACCUCGCAGCUUAUCGAAUGCUUGCGCGCAGUGUUCUCGACAUGGACCCUUGAUCCAACCCGAACCCCUCCAUUUUGGCCCCGUUCUGAUUACGCUCAAAAAAGCUCAUAAUGGGACGAUGGCGCGGACGACUCUACGCAACCGACAGAGCCCGAGAUUUUGACCACGAGCGGGAUCGUCAUGUCCGUGUCCGACAGAUUUACGAGACGAUCGAUCGGCAAGGCUUUCAAUGGGUCGUCGUCCUGGUUGCCGGAGUGGGAUUCCUGCUGGAUGGAUUCUCGUUAUUCGCCGGCAAUGUUGCCCUUCCUAUGAUCGCCUACGUUUACUGGCAUGAUGAAGUCUCGUCGUUUCGACUGACAUGUAUCAACAUUGCUACACUGGCUGGAACUCUGCUCGGUCAGGUAGCCUUUGGGUACAUGGGCGACAGGAAUGGCCGAAAGAAGAUGUAUGGUAUUGAGUUGGUGUUGCUCAUCGGGUCCACCCUCGGUGUCGUGAUGAGUUCACGAGGCUACAAUGGCAGUAUGAGCAUCUACUCCUGGUUGAUCUGGUGGAGGGUCAUGGUAGGCAUUGGAGUAGGAGCAGAUUAUCCUCUCAGUGCGGUGAUUACUGCGGAGUUCGCUCCCACCAAACACCGAGCCCGUAUGAUGGCAACUGUGUUCUUUAUGCAACCGCUAGGCCAGAUCGCGGGCAACCUCAUCUCGCUUAUCGUUGUCAGUAUCUCCAGGAGCUCCAACAGCGACGAUGUCGUUCGUAGUGUGGACCAAAUGUGGAGGUGGAUUAUCGGUCUCGGAGUCGUUCCUGGAGUGGUGGCUUUGAUCUUCCGGUUUGCCAUUCCCGAAACUCCACGAUUCCUCCUCGAUAUCGAGGAUGACCCGGUCAAAGCCGAAUUCGACGCGACUCAGCUGUUUGGCGAGUCUUCUAUGAGCAGUGAGCUGGAAUCCAACAUGUGGUGUGACUCGUUGGAGGAAUCCAAUCUUUCGAACCGAUCCGUUGACGAGCACUCCGAAGCAUCACCAUCAUGGACAAUAGCGCCAGCACCAUUGACCACCCUCAACUCGUCGUGGCAUCUAUCCAUCGCCGACAUCAAACAGUACUUCUGGAUCGAAGGCAAUUGGAAGACGCUUGCUGCGACGUCAAUGUGCUGGCUCCUACUUGAUUUUGGAUAUUAUGGCAUCGGUCUGUCGAGUCCGCAGUUUUUAGCAAAGACUUGGGGUUCCCUGAAUAUCUCCGGGCCCAGCCCGCCUUGGAUGACCAACGACAAACCGGACGCCAACGUAUACGACAUGUUCUUGAACAGUUCGUUGCACGCGUUGGUGAUCUUGAAUGUGGGCAGUUUUGCUGGUGGACUGUUGAUGAUCACUACAGCAAGUCGUCUGAACAGGGUCAGUCUCCAGAAAUACGGCUUCCUCGUUUUGGCGGCAUUGUUCAUCGCUUUGGGCACGGUCUUUAUCACGAUCCAUCAAGAAGGUGCUCUAGCCAUCACACUUUAUGUCAUCGGGCAGCUGGCCUUCAACUUUGGACCUAACUCGACGACCUAUAUCAUCCCGGCAGAGCUGUUCCCCACACGAUAUCGUGCCACGUGCCACGGUAUCAGCGCCGCGGCAGGGAAACUGGGUUCGAUUCUCGUCCAGAUAUUCUCUGCGUACUACAAGUUCACCUCGACAGGAGACAACCAGACCAAGCGGUACGGCACGAUCCUGGUCAUUUUCAGCGCCGCCAUGUUCCUCGGUGCUAUCAUCACCCACUUCUGGAUACCGGAGGUCCAGGAGAAGGCGACACGGGGUUCGAUAUGGGUCGGAAAGGCUAAGCCGCUGGAGGAACUGGCGUUGGGCAAAUGGGGCUCCAGAAGUAUGUCGGUUGUACGGUCGCGACCGACCAGGGAUCUUGGUCUUUGAUACGAAUGGAAUGACUUUGACGGCAUGGCGAUCAGGAGUUAACGAGGCUACGUAACCGGUUCCCAGGCGGCACGGCACGGCACGCUAUUGUCUGCCAGGUUUUGAAGGAGGGAUGGAACAGGCCACUUGUAAUUGUACGAAUAUUCUUGUAGAUAGUGACAGUACGGACAGGUCUUUGGACUGAGGAAUGAGAGAACUGGAUCGGGUGCAGUGUGUACACAGUAGAUUGCAAGGCUGUGCCGGAAUGGUGAAG